GUCCUAUAUUUUGUAUCUGAUAUACCAGGGAAAACAUACUAGACUUUCAGAAUAUCUCUAACAUUCUUCCUAGAAAAAUUGAAAAUACUUCAACGCUUUUUAAAAAGUACUCUAUAUCAAAAAUAUAAUUUUGUUCUAAUUUACAGAUAUAAACGUAUCAAUCAAUAAGGAAAUUGAAGGCAAAAAAAUGGAAGAAGAAAUCUCUGUGCAAAUAGAAAACAACUCGCCCUCAAUAGAGCACACUUUACGCCCGAUAGUAUUUUUUUCUUGGUUCCUUGGAGUCGGCGUUGCACGUCCGCGAAAGUGUCCUAAAGCUGUCACGUUAAUCCUACGUAUUAUUCACUUCGGAAUAUGUUCCGUCAUCGUGGCUUAUGGUGCGAUAGAUUUCUUCACCUUCGGUAAGGUUUUCAAAAGUGACAUAUACAAGAUUAUGUACUACAUGAGCAAAGUGAUGUCUUAUGUGUCGGCGUAUUACUACGUUUAUCACGGCGUCGGGCAGUAUGAGAAGUGGCCUGAAUUAAUGAACAAAAUGAAGAAUGUCGAUCAGAAGAUCAGAAAAGAAACGUCUAUGAACGAUCGACCGAUAAAAAUUGUCGAAGUGCUGGCUAUUUUCGCAACAAUUGUUUGCGGUCCACUAUUUCUAAUCAUACACGCUCUAUAUUAUUUUUUCACGCGUCCCGAAGAUAUUUUCGCAUCUGACUUGCUACUUUAUUAUACGAUAGCUCAGUCAUUGAUCAACAGCUUCAUAUUUGACGUUAUCGUCUAUGUGCUAUAUCAUAGAUUUCAAACGAUAAAUGAAUUAAUCGUGCAAUUAAAUGACAGAUUUAGUGCACCAUUGAUUACGCUUAAACUCAGAUGUUUUAGAGAAUUACACACGGGAAUUUGUGAUCUGGUCACGAUGGUAAACGAUAUUCACGGUUUUCAACUUCUUCUAUUCUCGGCAAAUUGCUUCACCAUGGUCGUAGCUGUGCUAUUUAGAAUUUACAUGGGCGUUGUAGAAAAAAAUGACGCAUUUAUGCUGAUCAAUAAUAUACUUUGGUUUUUAUAUGCCGCACAAUUCGGCCUAAUGUGUUGGAUUUGUACACUCGCGCGUCAAGAAGCCGACAAAACUGGAAUAAUUAUAUAUAAGAUUAUAUUAAAUUGCAACAAUGUGAAUAUUCGUAAACUAAACGGUACAAGAAAUCAACUAAAUCUAGAAGUACCAUCAGAAAUCCAAGACGGCGAGCAAAAUUUUAAUAGAAGUAGCAGUUAUAAUAAUCUAAACUAUAUUGUUAUAGAAAAUUUGCGUAAAAACCUGGACAAAGAUUGUGUCAGAAACGAGAUCAAUGAUUUUUCUAUUCAAUUACAGCAGCAUCGAGUAACAAUUACAGCUUGCAUUUUUGAAAUGAAUAAUGCUCUACUUAGUGGUUUCGUCGGUGUAAUUACUACUUAUUUAAUAAUUCUCGUUCAAUUUUAUCGACCCGAAAAUUAACGCAAUUCAAUGGAAACUAAAUAAAAAUUAUCAUAUUUCAAAUCGCACUAAA